ACCCUGUAGAAGUUCCAGAGUCACUCUUGGUUAGUAAGUCGCCAUCAUCAUCAUGAAGGAUCUGUUGAUGCUGCUCGCGCUCGCAGCCGCCAUGGUGGCGGUUCAGGCUUGCAGGGAAAAAAGUGAAUGCCACGAGCUGAUACACGAUGUGAUGCAUAAAGAAAACAUGAAGGAAAUCAUAAAAGGCUGUAUGGAGGAAAAUGGAAUCGUCCCCGAUCUAGAAGGUCUUGGACGACAACCCGGCGGCCGCAGAGGACGUAAAAGGGGAAAGAGAAGUCCUGGUAUGAUGCGGUUCAUGUCAAGCCUUCCUGAAGAAAGUCAGACAGCCCUAGCCGAGUGUAUCUUCAGAGAGGAAGGCCUUCUCACAGAUGAUGGUUUGUUCGAUGCGACGGCGUUCACAGAAGAAGUGAUCGCCAAGUUAGGAGAAGCAGAGCAAACUGAGCAAGCUGAGGCUAUGUUGGCUGCCAUUGAGGACGGUAUUUGUGUAGUCGAGGAGAGCGAACCUAAUCUGAAGCUGGUCUUCGAUUUCAUAUGGUGCCUCAAGGAAGAGUGUAAAGAUGUAACCGAACCAACACCUGAAGAAGAAGAAUAACAAUGAACACGGAAAGAGCAAAGCAACGGUUACCGGAAGUCCUAUCUAUGCGCCUUUCAAAUUGAUAAUUUUCAUCCUGUAAAUGCUGAUUCGAUUCAGAAUCUUUUGAAUCAAAAAUCUAAUCUAUUGUCUACAUAUCUUCCUAAUAAAUCCUUAGCAUUCA